UCCACUCGCCCAAUUCGUCGCCAGGUCGAAGACACGAUGUUGGAUUAAGAAUAUGUGACUUCAGUAACUGAAGACAGAAUGGCAUUUUUUUCUGAACUUUAAAAUAUUGCAAACACUCGGAGCGAUUUGAAGUUCUAAUAAGUGCACGAAGAAACGAUUCAUUAUUGCACACUUUAGCAGUCGAUAUUAAUACCUGUGAACGCGUCGGUGUGGACGGCUGGACUGUGGCUGGCAAAGAGGCGUAUUCCCAACAUUAGCAGCCUUCGGCGUCCGAGCCUCUAUCAGCCGUCUUUGCGCCGAACAAGAGUUCUUAGACGGAUUACAAUGUUAUUGUUUACAAUCAGCCUCUGACGCGCACGUCAGAUAUAUUUGGGAGUUCCUGAUGUGGUGUAAGAAGUUGCGUGUUUGUUCUUCUGCUAAACCGGCCUCCGAAUCCUGAAAGCUGGACUUGGUGAGAACACGGAGUCGGUGACAGCCUUCUCAUGGCGCAGCGGUACGAGGAGUUGGUCCAUUACGGUAUGGAUGGGCUCGGAAUUCCGUCUCCGAUGUACGGGGAUCCUCACGCGGCCCGAGCCAUGCAGGCGGUUCACGUGAACCCAGGCCAUCCGCUACACGCGCACCAGUACGCGCUCUCCACAGCUCCCGGUGUGGGCUCGCCCGUUAACGACGCAGUAAAACGCGACAAAGAUGCAAUUUAUGGACACCCGCUUUUCCCUCUACUUGCACUAGUUUUCGAGAAAUGUGAAUUAGCAACUUGUACUCCGAGAGAGAGCGGACUUGCGGGCGACGUGUGUUCCUCCGCGUCUUUUGAUGAAGAUAUUACAGUAUUCUCAAAACAGAUACGGGCAGAAAAACCCUACUUUUCGUCCAAUCCAGAUUUGGAUAAUUUGAUGGUGCAAUCCAUACAAGUUUUACGCUUUCAUCUUUUAGAAUUGGAAAAGGUUCACGAGCUUUGUGAUAAUUUCUGCCAUCGAUAUAUCAGCUGUUUGAAAGGGAAGAUGCCAAUCGACUUGGUUGUCGAUGAUCGAGAAGGGGGGUCCAAAUCUGACAGCGACGAAUUUACUCGAAGCUCCGGGCCUGUAGAUCAAGUGUGUUGGAGGGAAGAUGACUCCAUUUCAGUUCACUCCACGGAAGGUCCUGCACCCUGCAGUGGACGACCCAGUUCCCUCAACGGAGAUAACAGUAGUGAACAUGGUGACCUUCUGGACCACUGCGCUGCUUCACCAAGCACCGGAGAUGAUGAAGAUGCAGACAAGGACCGGAGGAACAGCAAGAAAAGGGGGAUUUUUCCUAAAGUGGCAACCAACAUCAUGCGAGCUUGGCUGUUUCAACACCUAACGCAUCCAUACCCGUCUGAGGAGCAAAAGAAGCAGCUAGCUCAGGACACAGGACUCACCAUCCUCCAGGUCAACAACUGGUUCAUCAAUGCCAGGAGAAGGAUUGUCCAGCCAAUGAUUGACCAGUCCAAUCGGGCGGUAGGUCACAGUGGACCGUAUACUCCUGAUGGCCAGCCAAUGGGAGGAUUCAUGUUGGACGGACAGGCUCACGUGGGCACCAGACAUCCAGGUUCGCUGGCUGGAAUGGGGAUGGACAGUCAGUGGCACUACAUGUAGCCAAAGCCCGGGCCAUCCUGCCGCACCGUAGGACAGCUCCUAAUGGACUGGGACUUUUUCUCGCAGCACCACAGAUGGCAUAUCGUCAGCAAUACAAAAUCCCCAAAUCCCAGCGAAUUACCUCUACGGCUUAGGGAAUGCUAGUGUUGUGCUGCCAUGGCAACCCGGAGACUGCUGACUCAAUCAGAGAGCCCAUCCCAGUCGGAACACGAACUGGGUGUGUGUGGACAGGAAGAUCCAUCCCCCCAAAAUCUUGAAAAAGAUGACGGAAAGCAAACACCUUUGCACCUGGCCAUAGCUUUAGUCGCCCUGGAGACAAUAAGAGCCGUCCCGUAAUUCAGGAGACAUCCCCCCCGCCCACUUUAAUUGCCUUAAGGAGCUAAAAACUUAUGUUUUCUCACCAGCAACCGACGGGAUGCCUGCAAUACGGAGACGUGUGUGCGGUGUUAGGCUGGACGUUGACAGCAGGCACGGAGCAUUUGGUAGCCCUCCUCGGUACGUUCAGUUGUCGCUGCCGAAGUGCAGGCCUAGCUAAUGGUUGUCACAGUGGUUUGAUUUAAGACAUGGGCACUUGCAACAAAACUUGCAAUUAAUAAAAAAAAAAACAAUUGUUGUAUUUUUUUUUUAUUUCUAGUGCUACAAAACACCAAGAGCAAAACUGUUUACUUUAAUUGACAUGUAGUUACUGACGCAGGCCUGCUACAUUUUAAAAUGAAUGUGCGCGUUUCUGACCUGAUCUGCGUGGUUUACCUCGGACAGUGAUGGUGCUUAAAAAGAUUCAAAAAGACAAUUGAUGAUUGUGAAUGUUCUGGCUUUGUUAGGUAUGUUGUGUACUUUCGCACUAUGUAUGUUUGUGUGUGAGGGUGCGCGUGUCGUUUUCAUAAAACUUUUUACCUCAAAGCAAAAGCAUCCGUGUUGUUCACACGGGACACUGUUGACAAUGUCUGUCCACGUUUUGGUAAAAUGCGAUUCCACAUUGAAUUAGUCUGACACCUGUAGGUCAUUUGGGGUACUACACAAUUUGACUGUUGCGGUGACUCACUGCAGUUUCGUAGAUAGCCAGUAUAGAGACCUAUAGUAGUUUACUUCGUGAGCGCACUUACCAAAGAACUGAUGUAAAAUGUUCUAUGCAGUUUUGUCAGAUUGGAAAAAGAUUUAACAUAACAAAUUCAAAGCAAAGAAGGAAAUAAAUAUGCUUUAGAACUGA